AUGUUAAACCAAAGUGGUUUUGCUUGGAAUGAUGAGAAUAAAUGUGUAGAGGUUGAUAGCGACGAGAUGUGGAAUGCUUAUGCAGAGGUUGGACUUACAAGAUGUGGGAAGAGUUGCAGGCUUAGGUGGACUAAUUACCUGAGGCCUAAUCUCAAGCAUGAGUCCUUCACACCCCAUGAGGACGAAUUGAUUGUCAGGCUUCAUGCAACCAUAGGUAGCAGGUGGUCUAUAAUAGCACAUCAACUUCCUGGGAGGACAGACAAUAAUGUAAAGAACUACUGGAACACUAAGCUGAAAAAGAAAUCUCUCAGAAAUGGAAAUUGA